GGAAAGGAAGCCUCCGAUUCCAAAACUUUUGCAAAGAAAUUUUGCAUAGUUUUUGAACAGAUGCCGUCAAAAAAUAUUUACACAUUUUCAAUUAUCCUUGAAUAAAAGAAACAAAAUGAAACGAUUGUCAAAAAAAUGUAUAUUGGAAGGGUACUCUGGAUUAAAGUCUGCGCAUGUUAUUGAGUCCAAAACACCAGUGAUUAGAUGUCCUCGAGAGGUCCUUGUUAAAGUCCAGAGUUCCAGUCUCAAUCCUCUGGAUAAACGAAUGGCUGAUGGAUAUGGUUCCAACGUACUGGAAUCCUUAAGAAUUGCUCAGUCAGGCUUAGUUGGAUCUGGUAGUUCUAGUUUUCCUCUGGUUCUUGGUAGGGAUGUGUCUGGUACUGUGGUGGAUUCUGGUGGAGAUGCCAAAUCAGGUUUUUAGAUCAAAACCUUUUUUGU